GCUGAAGAAUCUGUUGUUUGAUUGGUUGUUUAAACAGCACACGCCCACAAACUUAUCUGACCGACUUUCAGUUCAUAGUCAGAAAUUCUACAUAGGCGGUUAUAUUUGAAAGUGCAAUUUGAUUUUAAACUACACUGAAUAUUUACGAUGACUUCCAGUUCAAAUGAGGGUUACAGCACAGAAAAGGUCCGAGUAUCGGCAGAUUUUCUCAAGUCAAAGAUGGGCAAUGUAAAACCUAAAAUUGGAAUCAUUUGUGGAUCUGGACUGAGUGGUCUUGGAGAAGUAGUGGAAAAUAAAAUAGUCGUAAAAUACAGCGAGAUUCCUUCCUUUGUUGAAUCUACUGUGCCCGGUCACAAAGGCCAGUUAGUGUUUGGGCAAAUAAGUGGAAAGGACGUGGUUUGUAUGCAAGGCAGAUUUCAUCCAUACGAAGGUUAUCCUGGAUGGGUGGUUGGAUUCCCACUUCGUGUAAUGAAACUUAUUGGAAUUGAGAUGGUUUUGGCCACGAAUGCUGCUGGUGGAAUAAACCCAGAGUUUAAAGUGGGGGAUUUCAUGCUGAUUAAGGAUCACAUUAGUUUUACUGGACUUGCUGGUUACACCCCACUAGUUGGUCCAAAUGAUAGCAGUUUUGGACCAAGAUUCCCUCCCAUGAAUGAUGCAUAUGAUAAAAACUUAAGGACACUAUUCAAGCAGUGUGCGAGUGAUUUAGGAUAUGAUGACUUCAUGAGAGAUGGGGUGUAUUGCAAUGUAUUUGGUCCUUCAUAUGAAACUAUUGCAGAGUUGAGGUUAUUGCUUAAACUUGGUGGGGAUGCUGCAGGUAUGAGCACUGUUCAAGAGGUAGUGACAGCACGUCACUGUGGUAUUAAAGUGAUUGCCUGUUCGCUUAUCACAAACGAAUGUAUAUUAGAGUAUGAUACCGACAAAACCGUUUGCCAUGACGAGGUGCUGCAAACUGCCAAUGACAGGGCACAUCAGAUGCAAACUUUAGUGGCAAAGUUUAUUGGGAAGUGCUGAAACUUGAGCAAGCCCAAUAUGCUUUACUAAGGCUCGCUUAAACACAAGCUUCUAUAAUGAAAUAUUUACCCAACGUAUUUGGCUUAUUGUAUCUUUUUUGCUAACAAGUUCCUUUUUUUGCUAACAAGUUCAUCUUUGCAAUAUGAACUACUUGCUUUUGCUUCUGCAUACGUUAUCCUAUAAUCGUCUUGUGAUCUGCAGUUUUUACCGAAUUUUGCUUCAUGUGGUGUGUUUAUCUAUGUAUGACAUGACUGGGCCAAAAUAUAAAGUUCCAAUACAAAG